UACUACACUGUAAAGGAGAUGGUGGUAGGUGACCAGAUGAAAAGAGGUCCGAAUUGGCCGGCAGGAUUUGACACUUACGACAAUUAUGGACAGCAAUGUAAUAGUAUCCAGUCAAUUCAACGAAAUGCUCCGAAUGAUUUUGUUAUUACUGUUAGCUGCCUGCAAAAUCGGGACGGAGAAUACUAUCCGAGCGAUUACGAUCUGGACCUACAGUACGUUACUGUUGAAUGCAAAAUGAAUCCCGGAAAUUACUGGUUACAGCCAAGUAACGCAUCUCAUCAGAAUUACCAGCGUCGACUAGAAUGUUAUGCAAAAUAUUUAAUGAAAGUUGGAGAUGAAGUGAAAAGGGGUUUAAGUUGGCCUCUAGGCACAUACGACUCGUACGACGGAUGCGGACAGAAGUCAGGAAAAAUCACGCAAAUCAACCAAACACAAAGUGGCACUACAGUUACCGUAGAUUUUGGACCACCAGACAACCAAACCUUAGAAUGCCCAAUGAGUACGGGAAACUACUACUUGUUGCCCCUUCAACAUUCAUUUCCUUUAGUUGAUUGGGUUGAGUUUUAAAUGUCACAGAGUUUAACUACAGCACAUAUACAUUUUGAAAGAAGUAAGUUUUAAAACUAUAUUUUAAGUCGCUUUUGUCUAUACUAAAAAAUAUAUACAUGUCAUAGUGUGUAUUCUUUAAAAUUAUACUUUUAAAAUUGUUGCCUCUAACUUGACUCUCAUGUUCGUUUAGAGAUUAAAUAAGGAAUGUUCAGUUUUUACAGUCUUACUUAAAACUUAAUUCCCAUAAAACUUCUACACAGCCGCUAAUAAUUCGUACCGGUAGCUGUACUGGAACAAGAAAAUAAGAAAGUAGAAAGUAAGAAGCUAAGCCUAUAUAUUAGUUAUAGUAAGUAAUUAACUAUAGAAAAUAAGUAGCAUUAUCUAAAUGGAUAAAUUAUUUUAAAAUCUGGAGUCUGAGUAACAAUGGCAGAAUGUUGAGCAAUGAAAAAUAAACACAAUUAAAUGUUUAAUGAUUAGGAAUGCGUAGAUCUA